AGAUUAUUUGGAAUCUUAUCAUACCUUGCUCCAAGUUUUCAAUUUUCUUGCAUUCUGUUUCGUUGAUUAUUUCUGUGGGUAGGUUGGGACAUUUAAUUCAUGCAUGAGCCAGACCACCAUCAGGUUGAGAGUCAGUUAAGCAGAACUUGCAACUUUUAUCAUGGAAAACCAUGUCAUUCCUGGCCAACCAUAUGGACCACAUCCCUGCUUCCUACACUACUUUCCAUCCUACUACCUCUUUUUUUUAUUGUUGAAUGAGACAGACUGAUGCACGUAGGCUGGCUUGCAUGCAUUUUUCAGGUAAAAGGCCUGUCACUCGCCCACCAUUUCCAUCACCUAGUCCGAACACCUAGUCCCAACAACAUUUGAAAUUUUACACCGCCAAAACAUGUGAAUGUGAUGCAAAUCUUCGAUUUCAUUCCCACAAAAUGCACACAUAAGCACGCUUGAAUCAUCCAAAAUUCCAGGCCUAAACAGAUUUGAUCUGGUUGGAACUUUAUCAUGUAUUGCCUACCAAUUGAAUGCGACCAGUGGGUUCCAGAUUAGGUUGAAGAUGCUCCUUCCCCCACUCACAUGGCUUGAUGGCAGUAUUGCAUAUCCUGACUUGACAGAAUGUGAACCUUCACUUGAAUGCUUCCAUUUCCGUGUGUCCACCCAUCCUUGCCUUAGCUGCACCUCAUCCAGUAAGCAAUUUAGCUCUUCCACAGUUCAACUGGACUCUGUUCCCAGGUGAAAAGGGUUCAGAGAUUCAAUAUUUAAGAAAUGUUUCUUCCAUCCAUCUUCUUGCACCUUCUAGACAAGUUGCGCAGUUAGAGAUUCAAAAUUGUAUAGGUUCUUCUAUUCAAAAUUUGAUUUUAAGCCCCGGUUUCAAACUGUUUUGGGCUAGUCCUAAUCGCAUAUGCCCAAAAUGGUAUGGACCUAUUUGGAAGUAGCAAAGCAGUUGUCACGCUAGCGUUUUUCAAAC